CACUCUCACUAAAAUUAGGCACCAGGCGUGUCCGUACAGCCUUUCCCUGCACACUCACGUCUUCCUGCUUCGAAAGCGUUUGCGGACGGAGUGCUAGGACCAUGGCGGCAGUGCGCAGUCUACGGGUGUCGGUAAAGCCAGACAGUGGGCCAGACCACUCAGAAUCGGACUCGGAUUCAGACUCGGACCGAGGUGCCCGUGAAUCUGAACCGAUGGAGGUGGAGGAGGGUGAACUCGAGGUGGAAAACAUCCCCGUUAACCGGUCUUUGAAGGAAUUGUUGCCGGACACAAGUCGGCGGUAUGAGAACAAAGCUGGCACAUUCAUCACUGGAAUCGAUGUCACAUCAAAGGAGGCGAUUGAGAGGAAGGAGAAGAGAGCGGAAAGGUUCCACUUCCGUGCAGAGGCCAACCUGGCCCAGAAGAAUGUGGUGUUGGACAGAGAAACCAUGAAGAAAGCCAUCCCUAACUUGCGCCUGGAGGCGUUGCACGUGGCGGGUGUUGAUGAUAUGAGCACCCAGGAUGUGUUUGGCUACUUUAAGGAGUACCCUCCAGCACACAUCGAGUGGAUUGACGACACCUCCUGUAAUGUGGUGUGGCUGGAUGAUGUCACUUCCACCCGGGCUCUGAUCAACAUCAGCCGCAUGCCUGACCCAGAGGGGGUUACCACGGAGACAGACCGCACCAAAGAACCUGGUGAUCCCACCCAGGAGAGCAAGGCUCGCAGAGAACAAGGCUCGGAUGACGAUGAUGGAGAGGUGGAUGAGGAGGGGAAAGAGAUGGUGAAGGAGAAUGAGGGGAAAGCCUGCGAGGUAGACACAGAGAAGAAAACAGAACCAGAGACCACCCAGGUAAAACUGUGUUCAAGACUGUGGGUGUGUGGGGAAAUGUUGCAUAUUAGUUACCUGUGUGUUUGUGUGUGUGCAUUUGAGGUGGACCUGCUGUCUCAGGCAGAGAGUGAGUCUCUGCUCCGGAAUGACCUACGACCGGCCAUCAAACCCUUCAAGGGCAACAAACUCUUCCUGAGGUUGGCCACUCACGGUGAUAAGAAGGAGCUGGGUGCUGCGAGGAAGAGCAGAUAUUACAUGAAGUACGGCAACCCGAACUACGGAGGCAUGAGGGGCAUCCUCAGCAACUCCUGGAAGAGACGGUAUCACACGCGCAGAAUCGUGAGCAAGAGCAAGAAACCCCUGAUAGGGGACAGCAUGGGGGACACAUCACCCUACACACAUAGACACUCUGCUGACCUGGUCAACCUACCAGAAGAACCAAUAGAGGAAGAGGAGGAGGAGGAUGAGGAAGAGGAGGACAUGGACUCAGACGACAGGGUGGUGGAGUACAAGGAGAAGGAGAAGGAGAAGAGGGAGAGGGGGGGAGGUCCAGGGGUGGCCCUGCGGAGUCGUUUGGGCAGGCCCUCCUCUUCCCCCUCUGUCUCGUCAGACUCAGACGAAAUGGACUAUGACUUGGAGCUCAAGAUGAUCUCAACCCCCUCUCCCAAGAAGAGCAUGAAGAUGACCAUGUAUGCAGACGAGGUGGAGACCAACCUCAAGACUAUACGACACUCUUCUGUUCGCAGUGACAGCGGCUUGGGGGGUAGUGGUGUCCGGAACAGGAUUGGUGGAGGAGGAGGAAGUGGAGGAUCAGUAGGCGGGACCAAAAGCAGUGCAGUGGAGAAAGUGAUGGAUGUGAGGCAGCUAUUGGAGGAAAAAAGACAGAGCCUCACCCAGCAUAGACAGCGCACCCCUGUGGCCAGUAGUGGAAAGACAGAUGUGAGGCAGAGGUUAGGGAAGAGACCCUACUCUCCUGAGAGACGACACUCCGCCUCCCCUGUCGCCUCCCGAGACUCACCCCCUCCCCGAGAGCCAAUCACAGAUGUGCACAGCCGACUGGGCAUGGCCAAACUAGACUCCCGCGGCCUCUACUCUGAUUCGUCCAAAGACAGGAAAUCAAGUCGUCUGUGGAGCAGGCUCGGCCCCUCCUCCCAUAAGGGUGGUGUUCCCGAGCGGAAGCCUUCCAGUCGCCGUGCGGGGUCUGGAUCAGCCAGCUCCAGGUUGGGGGGGCGGGAAGGAGAAGAGGAAAAUGAGGAGGAGGACGACUCUGCACUGCAGAAGGUGUGGGGGGCCUUGAUCAAACAGAAGGAACAGCAGACCCACAAAAUGAAGAAGAGUCGGCUUGACAACCUGCCCUCGCUACAGAUUGAGAUCAGCCGGGAGAGCAGUAACGGAUCUGACUCAGACUCCUGAGACCGAGGGGGAGAAAGAAAGAGCGGGAGAUGUGUGGAUUUGGUCAUGCCUUCAUCUAGAGCUGAAAGGUGAUCAUCCACCCUCGCCCUCCUCUUGAGUUACCUUUCUUUCUCAGUGUCUGGAGGACUCUUGAUCCUUGGGCCCCUGUCGCUGUGGCCUGAUCCAUCGUACAAACAUAAAAGAAAAGACUCUUUUAUAAAGAGAAAUGAGAAAAUAAACUGGACAGAAUUUUUUUGAAAGACUGAGACGUUCUGUUUCAGGACAGGAGGCCAUUUUGUUUUUGUAUUACAUUAUCUCUGCGGCACAUGGGACUGUUGUUCUGAUCAAACCUGUUCCCAUGACAUUUCACCCUCUGAUAGCCUACCUACAUGUCAAGUCAUGUCCAAUCAUUAAUGAGCAAUAUAAAUGUCUCAAUAACCUCCUGUGAAGUCGACUACAGAAGAACUGUGACAGAGUAAGAGGCAGAUACUGAGCUUGCUCCGUCUGUUUCUCUGUGUGUGGAACCAGACACUGUAUCAUAUGUGGUAUCUGUGUGAGUGACUAUGAACAACAAAUAUAUGGUUUGUGGCAUUUUUUUUUCCUUCCAAAGGCUGAGGCCAUAGAGAAGACCACCAGAUGAAUUGAUUCUCAACUGAAAGGUUUUGUACUUUGACUGUUGGUAUUAUGUGCAAAUGGCCAAUGUUGACCAUAUUAUGUUAUUCAAGGCGGAAGAGCGUGCGUGCCAAAUGGAACCAUAUUCCAUAUGUAGUACACUACUUUUGACCAGGGCCUUAAAAGUAGUGCACUAUGUAGGGAAUAGGGUGCCAUUUGAUAUGUACACCUACAUUCCCAGAUGGAAAACAAAUUGAUUUAAGGUGUCAGCAGAAAUAAAGAGAUUUGUCUUGUUA